AUGGUGUACCAAACGCUGUACUCAUACUAUGUGGGGGAUGAGACAAUCGAGAUAUCUCAGACCGUCAUGGGAGACGCCGCAAUCGAGGAUUCCGAGUUCAUGGAGAUCACGCCGGAUUCGGAGUCGGUGUACCUGGCAAGCAAUGGAAAUUCAGGCUUGACAUACACUGAUGCCACAGUCAACGUUUCUACCAGCCAGUUCUUUCUCGGGAGCAUCUUCACUGCUGAAACCACAUGGGCGACCGAUUUUGUCGCCGUCCAUCCUGACGGGACGCGCUUGUACGCGGGAAAAAAGUCGAAUGGAAAGGUGGCCAGAGGGAUAAGCGUGAAAGCUUACCGAACUCACACCGAGACUCCGAUUACGCCAAGUCCAACGGAGGCGCCUGCCCCUGCCCCGAUGGCAACGCCUGAGCCUACGCCUAGCCCAGAUGCAUCCCAGACAGGAGAUUCCAAUGAGAUUUCUCCGCCAGAAUUGACCUACGCAGAGCUUUCAGGAACUGAAAGUUUGUUCGUGAUAAGCUUCAACCGGACCUGCUAUUGUACAGCUGGCGAUGGUGCUUCGGAGUUGUCGUUUCCGCCGGCGUUGUGCGGGCAAGACUUUGAAACCGCGGUGUUCGAUCAACGGUGCAACGUAAAGAGUCUUCUCGACGAAAGCACGCGGGAAUUCUUCGGCGAGAACACAACAAUUUGCCAGUGGUCCAAUGGCAGCAGAGAAGCAGUGGUCAGAUUCAAUGAAUCGUCUGUUGUCGUGUGGGACCCGGCACCGAACAUUACGCUGGCCGGCGGGUACAUUUAUGGACAACAGAAUUUGUCCUUGUAUGAAGAGCCAGCUGUAUUCGCCAGUGGAACGGUUACACUUGGGUUGCGACAGGCGGCACCGGAGCUCUCAGAGGCAACGUUUACAAGCGACGGCUCUUCAAUCGUGGUAUCGUUCUCUGCAACGGGCUCAGCAUCGAGCGGCCUGGUGGACCCGAAUGACACAGAAUCGGGCAGCGCCGGGGCUUGCGAUGCUCUUUUCCGCAGCACUACUCUACUUGCGAUCGGGCAUGGCGCGAUAUGUGAAUGGACAAGCCACAGAGAACUCACGGUAUUCCUUGGGUCGGAUGCAUCGGUAGUGGCAGAAAGUAGUGACGCCACUACCACAAUGGUUUCGACGUCCUCUUGCACGACGGACGAGUCUUGCAUUGUCCUCAAGGAUGGAGGGGUUCGUGCAGAGGCGUUUGCCGUACUCUCGUCUGAGGGAUCAGUCCCUGUUUUGCCCCCUGACAACCCGUCCACGGUGUCGGCCGUCCUGGUCGCGCCUCAGUGGGUGGGGCUCUGCGGCGAGUUUUCGCUCGACGGGCGUAUGUCUUCCGGAGCUGCGUCAAGGUCACUUGCUGCCGUCUGGAACGUUUCGACGACACUUGCAAGCGACAGUGCUGCCGUGACGGCUGUGGCAGGGGCUCUUAAACCGUUUCAGGGAUCCCUGUAUGCAACCGUAAACUCAACCUCGCUCGAGCCCCUGGUGGAAUUCAAGAUCUCGCUCAUAGUGGAGAACUUCCUCGGUUCUGUCGACGCGGCUGCAGUCACCGUUACCAGAGUCAACGAAGACGCCCCGUCAGUGGUAGUGGUGGGUCCAGCGGCAAAGACAGCGAUAAGGAGUCGACCAACCUCUCUGAGGAUGGCUGCAACACCACCUGCCUGCGGUGAUGCUUCGAGUUUAUCAUUCACCUGGACCGAGUCGGGAAUGGACGGCUAUGAUGCCCUGGGCACAAGUGUAAUGGAGAAUUUGGUGGGAAACGACCCCACGGCCCUCACAAUACCAGCGUACACCCUCAGCUACCCCGGGUCCACGUACCGAUUCGUCGCAACGGUAUCAUCGGGGACGUUAACAUCGGGGGCGGUCGUCGAGAUUAUCGUGGGACAAGGAGCUCUGAGGGCUGCUAUUAGUGGCGGUCAAUACCGGCAACACACCGUAGGUGCCGACCUCGUUCUGGACGGCAGCGAAUCACUUGACGAGGACGAUGUUCCGGAGGAGGAGUUUCCUCUCAGGUACUCCUGGUCUUGCUCCGAAAAUUGCUCCGGAGUGGCGGACGGGUAUACUGGCUCGGACGAGGCAAUCUUCACGAUUCCGAGCGGGAGUUUGGAAGCAGGCUUGGUGUACGAGUUCUCCCUGAACAUUAGCAAGGGAACGGCAGAAUCUGAUGUGGUCUACGGCGUCUUUCGUUCAGACUCCGCGGCCGUCCAAGUUCAAGUGAACGGUGAUUUGGACCUCGCGACGGCGGAUUGGAGUGAUUUGUUCACCAGCACCCAGACUGGGGCCAUUCUUGUGGUCAGACCGUUCGUGCUGACGGGUGGGUCGUCCUACACGUUCCGGCUUUCAGCGGUGGAUACCGCUUCCGGAGAAACAGGUACGCAAUCGAGGCGAUGCACGGGAUUGUCUCGCCGUAGCACAGUACGGAGCUCAGCUGUUCAUCGUAAUGCUGGAGGCUUUGCGGAGAUACAUUUCGAUGUGAACGCACCUCCGUCGGGUGGAUACGUCGAAGCGACACCAAGGGCAGGGGUUGCAGCCAUCGACAUGUUUUCUCUAGAGGCUUUGCUAUGGGAAGAUGACAUCGAAGAUCUUCCGUUGAAAGUCUCUUUCUUCUACGUCGCGGGUCAGGACGAAACGGGAACACGGCGCAGCCUGUCGCUGUAUGAGGUGGAGUCUGUCGAGUGGAACGGACCCCUACCUGUAGGUUCGGCAGCUGACAACUACACGAUGACCAUCAUAGCAUGGGCGGCCUCUUCGAGCGGUCUGUCGCUGAUGGAUGAAUACGCAGCCGUGGCCAGCGUCACGGAAGACAUUCCAGGGGAAACAACAUCGAUUGUCAGAGCGUUUGCCUCCCUGCUCAUCGUCGAGAUCAACAACAGUGCGGCGGCCACACCUACUGAGGAACAAGAAUUCCAGGUGUGGGCUACUCGGGAAAGAUACGACGUGCAUUCAUAUCCGCUGAGCUCUCGAAUGCAUGGCAUGACCUUUGUGGCUACCAUGAUUGAUGCAACCGUGCGCGAGUCCACCGUGUUGGACUACUCGACGACAAUGGCCGGUGCAAUACUAGACACGAUGGUGGUUUUGUCGAGCAGCGAAAAGGCGUUGAACACGGAUUCGCAGUCGAUAGUGCUCCUCAUGGAGGCUGGAAUGGAAGACGGCGAAGGUGUGAUGACGAUCGAAAGUGAGUACGUGCAAGCGAGCUGUCUCGUCACUUCAAGCACGGGGAGCCUGAGCUUCGACACCGGAACAUCAUCGGUGUCAUUCGAAGACGGCGUUAUUGCUUCUCCAUCAUCGCCAUCAACGAGGAGGCGGAUGACCCCUGAAAUUGACGGGGGCUUGAAGUGCAAAUCAGGCCGAUGUGCUCGAUCGACAAGACGUAUGCCAAAAUCAUCCUCUCGUCGACUGAAUAGUGUGUCCUCGACAUCUACGUCAACGGUGGUGGUCACCAACCAGCUCUUCAAUGCCAAUGACCGGCCGUCGGCUCUCGUCAACGGGGGUGUCACACAGAUCAAAGUUUCGAGUACCAGUGACGGAGAGGACAUCGCGUUGGCAGGCCCGGUACAGCUGACAAUGAGGGCCUCAAUGACAUCGAGUGCUCAGCUCCCGUCGUGCUCGUACUACAACGAGGACACCGGCCUCUGGGAUUCAGAGGGCCUCGCUAUUGGCGCAGUUGCGGUGCUGACCGACGCGGCAGACAGCGCAGUGGACGUCCUCGUGUCCUGUGUGACGUUUCACCUGUCGGACUUCGGUGUGGCAACCACAGAAGUCGAGCCCGUCUUCCAACCGGUGACACUGGGGGCAGGCCUCAGUGUCGUCAAGGGAAGGGAGAUCACCGUGUGGGGACUUGUGCUGACGGUAGGUGCUCUGAUUCUUUUGGGCGUCGUCUGGAGCGUCUCCAGGAUAGCAGAUCAUCGUUCGAAAACGGCCGAAAGGCUUCAGACAAGGGCCUACGACCACUACAUCGAAACAGGACAUCCCCAGCGACUACCGACUUUGGAAGACAUCAAGGACUUGAAACAGACGCUAGAGAAGAAGCACAAGACAAGACGGAAAAAACGGGACGCGACAUUUGCAAGAUACCUCAGACGGAAGUUAUUCCAACGCCCAAAGGUUGAAUACGCUCAAAUUUUGGCCAGGUAG